AUGCCUUCAACAAAUCAAACAGAAAGCAACAUUUCCUCAGUUGAUGAAACCUCAACAAAAAGCGCUACACAAAAUCCAAAAACUGUGGAAUACGAAUAUCUUCAAUUACAUCUGCUUACUAAAACUAAACGUAUAGAUUGUAAUAAUCAAACUAGUGGAUCAAUCUUUUGGAUUCCGGAUGGUUAUCGUCCUUUACUAGUAAGAACAUCGGAUAUACCUUUACUUGUAGGCACUGAAUAUCCAAUCACUCCAUCAUCAUCUCCUUCCUCGUUCUCAUCCGAAGGAGAGUACAACAAUUAA